AUGAUAAUAAUGAUCAAGAUGGCUACUUCUGAACCCUCUUUGCGGUAGCUAACCACCAGUUUCAUGGAAGCACUCAAAACUGCGAUUUUCUACAGUUUAAGUCCCUCGUAGGCGACGGGGCCCGUGCAGGGGAUAAUACUUUAUGGAUUGAAACGGCCGAAGCGGAGAUAAAAGUGAUUGUGUUGCCUGCAGCACUCAUCCUGAGGAAGCUAAGUAGCUACCUAGCUGUAGUUGUCGACCAUCUCCUGGUUAGAUUUCCAGGCAGCGGCGGCGGCUCGCAAGAAGUGUGGCGGCUUCCCUUGUUUUGUUCGCCCCGGUCGUCGGACGGAAAAGCGUGAAAAAUGGCAGAGCCGAGGAAAGUGCCCUUCGUCACCAUCUCAUCCUUCAACACCCCCACCGCCGCCUCCUCGUCCUCCACCACCGCCGCCACCACCAGCACCUCGUCGCCGGACUCCGGCAAGAAGCGGCGCCGCGAAGAUGAGGCCGUCGUCGAUAUCACUUUUGGGAAAGAUGGAGGUGGAGGUGCGGCGGCGGCGGCGGCGGGGGCGGUCGGGUCAGGCGGCGGAGGUGUAGGUGGAGGUGGUGGUGGGUUGUUUGGGAACACGACGAAGGGAAGCGACGCGGAGUCCGCGGAGAGGAAAGCCACCGUCCGUCUCACCCUCCCUCUGGCCGAGCCCAAUGAGCGGGGGUCCUCCGAGUUCAACUACGGGGAACUGGUCAACAACUCCAGCGUCUCACAGGUGAAGCCGCCCGUUUCCGCUGCACCCAAAGGACUCGCUCCUCCGCUCGACCCCAGCGACCCCUUCGCUGACGACGACAAGGAGCGGCGGGAGGUGGAGGCGAUAGCCAGGAAAUUUGAGAGCAAAUAUGGUGGUGCCCCAAAGAAGAAGAAAAAGGACCGGAUGCAGGACCUCAUCGACAUCGGCUACGGCUACGACGAGACCGACCCUUUCAUAGACAAUUCAGAGGCCUACGAUGAGCUGGUGCCGGCUUCUCUCACCACGAAACACGGAGGCUUCUACAUCAACACAGGAACUCUGCAGUUCAGAGCAGCGUCCGACUCCGAGGGAGAAAACGCAGACGACAACCAUUUCAAGAAGAUGAAGGACGGAGAAGAACGGGUGAUUAAAAAACGCAGGAAAAAGCAAGACGGCGGAAUUCUGGAGGAGAAGAAACCCAGAAAGAACAAAGUACCAAAGCCUGGCGUUUCCGCCCUGAACGUUCACCGGCCGGAGAAGAAGAAGAGGAAGAAGCUGAUGAAGGACUCGAUCCACCUCGCCAACAUGCUGCGCCGCUUCACCAGGGAGAAGGAGGAGAUGCGCAAGAAGAACGUAGGGUCGGCCGUGCUGCCGCGGCCCAACGCCAAAGCGCCCAACGCCAGCAGCGCGCUCCUCAACGCCCACACCAAGGUCACGGGCGCCGGCGCCGACUGCAACAUGGCCGACCUGUCCGCCGACCCGUCCGUCAUGUCGCUGCUCGGCUCGACCAACAACGACGUGCUGCAGGACAUGAUGGGCGACCUGGACUUCGGGAUGCUGGACUCUCCCCAGCCGGGCAGCCCGGCGCAGGGGGAGAACGGCUCCUUCGGGAUGGGGCAUAAAGCGGGAGGCGUGAGGGUGUCGCAGGGCGGCGUGAUGGCUCCUCCUCCUCCUCUUCCCAGCGGACUCCCCGGCCCGCUCGCGAAGCGCAUCGAAGACCUGAGAGCGGCGUCUCGUCUGUUCGAUGAAGAGGGCAGGAAGAAGUUCUUCACACUGGACAUGAACAACAUCCUACUCGACAUCGAGCUGCAGGUCCAGGAACAGUCCUCAGAGGUGCGUUCAGCCGUCUACUCUCACCUGGAGGCCUUCGUUCCCUGCAAUAAAGAAGCUCUGCUCAAACGCCUUAAGAAGCUCAGCCUCAACAUACAGGACGACCGCCUUCGAACGCCGCUGCUGAAGCUGAAGCUGGCCGUGUGCAGCGUGAUGCCGGAGCAGAUCGCCCGCUACAAUAUGGACUGCAUCGCUAAAGUGGCAAAGCAGCAGUCCGAGGAGGGAGAGAAGAACGGGUCCGAGGACGAUGAUGAGGAGAAGCCAGGGAAGAGAGUGAUGGGUCCCAGGAAGAAGUUCAUCUGGGACGACAAACUCAGGUUGUUGUUGUGUAACUUGGUGCGUGUGAAGCUGGGCUGCUACGAGCUGGAAGGGAAGAACACGCUGUCUCUGGAAGACUACCUCAAAGCCUUCAUGGAGACCGAGGUCAAACCUCUGUGGCCGAAGGGCUGGAUGCAGGCCAGGAUGCUCUUCAAGGAGAGCAUCAUGGUGCACGGUCACCUCACAGGCUACACGGCAAAGAAAAAGAUGGUUUCUACUCCCAAGGCCAAGCCAAAGGAGUCUGUGUGGGUUCAGCGGGCCGCGCCUCAAGCGACCGUCGCCCCCUCCCCCUCAGGUGCUCAGGUCGCCAAGCGACCGCCUCCGACGCCGGCCGAGCCCAUAUGUCUCGACUCCCUGGACGAGGCCCCCUCCCUGGACUCCAUCUCCCAGGCGCUGGCCAUCCUCGGCAACGCGGCCAAGGGCCUGGCCCAGGGGGACAGCCCCCCGUCCCCGGACGCGUCCAAGACCGGCGCCAACACCUCAGGCCUCCACAGCUCGCCGCUCAUCCAGCAGCAGCAGCAGCAGCAGAAGAAGAACUCCGUCAGCACUCCCGGCUCCGGCACACCUCACUACAUCUCUACCUCUUCGUCCUCCUCCACCCCUCUGUGCCGGCCGCUGUCCAUCACGUCCUCCGCCGCGUCCUCGGUGAGGGUGGACGGGAUGGGGGUCGUGAAGGGCGCGGCGCACAGACUCUCCGUUCUGAACGCUCAGAGACCUUUGGGCGUGGGCGUGGCCAAAGCCAACAUGCCUGCCUCGGCGCCGGCGCCCAAGCCGCGUCCGCCGCCCACCGCGUCCCCGCUGGUGCCCCCGGGGUCGAAGACGGGGGUGUCCGCCCCCACGUCGGUCCUCCUCAAAGGCAGCAAUAAUAACAAAGCGGGCGGCAGUGACACUCUCAUCCUCACGUCUCCCCAGUCGCGGGCGCUCACCCUCUCGUCGUCGCCCUCCCUCAUGGCUCCCAAAACCUUCCAGGCGCCUCGACUCCCCCAGACCCCGCAGAGCAAAGCCUCCCCCUCCCUCUCCCAGACGCUCCCCGGCGUCCAACCACGUCCCCAGUCCAACUUCAUCACCCCCAUGCACGCCACCCUCACCAAGUCCGCCCACAGCAGCAUCCCCCCCAUCGUCAAACUCACCCCCCGCACCCCGAACCCCGUCGUCACCGCCGCCACCUCGGCCUCGCCCUCCAUCUCCCUGACUCCCAGGUCUCAGGCAAACCCCACCCUGCAUAAGUACCCCCCCAACAGCCCAGCGGUGUACCGCCUGCCAUUCUCAGGGGCCCAGGGAGGAGCAACCAAGCCGGGGCAAGGCAGCUACGCUCCUCCGGGCGGCCAGAAGACGCCCAGCAACAGCACCACCAACACCAGCCUUAUUAACUCCUCAUCCAUAAGCAAGCAUUCAGGAUCCAGUGCCUCCCCCACGGUGGCCUCUGUCGCCCCGGGACAGCGUCAGAGGCCCGGGGGCGGGACACCUCAGGGGGCGAAGCCGGUCGCGUCUGUCCCGUCGUCGUCGUCGUCGGUCUCGUCUCAGCUGCCGCAGGUCUCCACGGCGGGGGGCGGCGGCGGCGGCGGAGGCGGCCUGCUCGGCUCGGCCCCCUCCCUCCCGCUGGGCUUCGGGAUGCUGGGGGGCCUGGUGCCCGUGUCCCUGCCCUUCCAGUUCCCCCAGCUGCUGAACCUGCCCUCGCUGGGCACGGGAGGCUCCAGCUCGACGGCCGGCGGCUCCGCAGCCAGUAGCAACGCCUCGUUCUCCACCCUGACGCAGAAUCUGUAUAAGAGUCUCCAGUCAGGGUCUCAGGUUGCUCUGCCUCCUCACUUGCAGCUCGCUUUCUCAGAUGUCAGUCAAAGCCAAGGAGGAGACGCAAAGAGGAAGACGCUAUGAUGAUUCUGACGCCCCGCGAUGAGACGUCGGGACGGCGUUUGUGUGACAGAGGGACAGACCGGGCUACAACUUUAUCAGCUUUUUUUAAAAAAAACAAUUUGAUAACUUUUAAAUACUUCAUAGAACUGUUAAAUCAAAAAUGGCAAAUACAGAUCAUCAAUGUUUACAACAUAGACCGAUAUCACUGUGGACGGGGAGGAGGAAUGAAUGGGAUUUAUAGGCGAGUGUGUGUGUGUUUGUGUGAAUGAGCGCUUGGUUUGCCGGACUGUGUGCCUUUUGUACGUCUCCCUCUCUGAUGCAUGGUCAGUGUGUCGACUCGGUGCUGUUUAUAAUCAUAAUGUAAUUAUUACUGAUGCCUGUAUGAAAAUGUAAACUGCAAAUUGUUCAAUUUGAGCUUCUUAUUUGUUUUUUUUUUUUGGUUUGUUUUUUAAAUGAGAGCUGUACACAUUUUCAUUGUACUUGAAUUUGUUUCUGUAUAGAACUCAAGUCGACUUUUAAUUAAAACCUUUCCCUAAAA